AAUUCCGGUCGAAAUAGGAAAUCUUUCAAGACUAGAGAUAUUAAGCAUUGCAAACGCUUCUCUAACCGGAGAUAUCCAUCUUCAUUUUUCAACAUAUCCUCCUUGACACAGUUGGGCUUAUCUGACAAUAGUUUGUCUGGAAAUAUCCCAACUUUCCACAAUACACUGAAGCUAGAGAAGUUAUAUCUUAAUAAUAAUAAGUUAACAGGAGGAGUUCCAGCAGAAUUAGGAAAUCUUUCAAGAUUAGAGAUAUUAAAUAUUGACAAUGCUUUUUUAACUGGGGAUAUUCCAUCUUCUAUAUUCAACAUAUCUUCCUUGACAUACUUGAGCUUAUCUGGCAAUAGUUUGACAGGUUGCCUCCCAAGUGAUAUGUGCCGCAUGUCAAACAUCAAAAACCUUAGUCUCUUUGGGAAUAAACUUGAAGGACAAAUUCCAAAAUAUAUAUGGAAAUGUCCACAUCUUGAGACCUUGUCAUUAUCCUAUAACAAUUUCAGUGGUAGCAUUCCGUUCGAAAUCGGGAACAUGAGUAUGCUUAAGGAGUUGUAUUUGGGCAUGAACGCCAUUCAAGGAGGAAUUCCAGCUGAAAUAGGCAAGCUUUCACGACUAGAGAAAUUAGACAUUGCAAAUGCCUCUUUAACUGGAAAUAUCCCAUCUUCCAUUUUCAACAUAUCUUCUUUGACACACGUGAACUUGGGCUACAACAACUUAUUUGGUACUCUUCCUUCCAAGUUGGGGAUUUCACUUCCCAAUCUUGAAAGGCUUUAUUUGGGUGAAAAUAGACUCGAGGGUCCAAUUCCAAGCUCUAUUAACAAUGUUUCUAAACUCAUCGUGUUGGACUUGGGUGACAACUCAUUUAUCGGCUCCAUACCCGACUUUGGUAAUUUGAAACACCUACAAUCCAUAUAUCUCCAUCAAAAUCAUUUGAAUGCAGAGAAAUCCCGAACUCACGAGUUGACAUUUCUCCCUUCGUUAACUAAAUGUCGCAACUUGAAGUACUUGGCUUUAGCAGACAAUUCAUUGAAUGGCAUCCUACCCGCUUCAAUUGGGAAUUUUUCCUCGUCUCUUCAAACCAUGUGGCUACAUAACAGCCACAUCAUGGGUGCCAUUCCUUCUGAAAUCGGAAAUUUAAGUAGUUUGUUGUUACUAAAUCUACGAGAGAAUCAAUUGCGUGGGCACAUUUGUUAAGGACCUAAUUCCUUAACGUCGAUUUCCAAGCAAAAUCAAAAAACGAGAUGUCGUCGUUGUCGAGCGCCCAACGUUUGGGUCGUGACUUGGACGG